UCGGACUUAAUCCUCAAUUUUAUAUUCAAGACUUUUACCAGCGUAUUUUUCAGGUUCUUGAAUGACAUGGACUACCACGGUGGAUUUGAAUACGGUGAAAUUGAGGAGGUAUUAUCUGCAAUGGAGGCCAAUUACGAGGCGUGGGUCAACGGCUUUGCACCGCUGGCGGUGGGGGCGGAUGUUCCGGUGGCAGUUCAAGAAUUUAGCCGUACUUUGUUCAAUAUGAGACCAGACAUAUCGUUAUUCGUAUCUCGCACUGCAUUUAACAGUGAUCUAAGAGGUGUUCUAGGCCUAGUAAAAGUGCCAUGUUCGAUAAUUCAAACCAUCGAGGAUGUCUCCGUCCCAAUGUCGGUGGCGGUGUACCUGAAGAACCACCUCGGGGGGCGGAGCACGGUGCACAUGUUGAACGUGGAGGGGCAUUUGCCACACCUGAGUGCACCAAAUUUGUUGGCCCAAGAACUCCGGCGAGCUCUAUCCCGGUGAGGUGAAGUUGGUCCAUAAGGGAAUGAAUAUGUUGUGGACAUGCUGAUUAUCUAGCAUUUGGGUUUUUUGAGAUAAUCUUAUUCUCUCAGAAAAGGAAUAAGAAUCUUCACGUGACUUUCACGUGAUGACGUGUUGCCUUUCUCCUUUUUUUGUUAUUUAUUUCUCUACCUUUCUUUCCUCCAUAAGAGCAUAAUUUGGCAAAGUAGAAAUGCAAAGAAAUGGAAUCUGUAUUCUUUUUCUUUGUUUGUGUUCUAUAUACAUCGUUUUAUCUUGUG